CAGCAACAAUCUCGACAUGCUCACUCUUCCAAUCCCUAAUAAUCUAAGCAUGGCAACGACGUCGUAUUUGGACCUCAGCCGCUGCAGGCCUCUCCCGCCGUUUCUCUCCUCUCUCUCCGCUUGUCCCUGCCUUCCCUCCACCGUUACUCUCCCUCGUUGGCGCGCCAAAUUGGGCGCUCGUCUAGAUGGAACUAGGCUGCCUGUUGUUGGCCUCGGCCCAAUUAGAGGCUUGGGCCGCCGACGUCUAAUCGCCGCCGUGGCUCGGGCCGAGCCGGACCAUCUCGGCGACGGCAAUGCCAAACAGGAAGUCCAGAAUGGCCAUGAACUGUCAGUUAGUGAAGAUGCUGUCUCAGAGAAGCAAGAGAAGGCGAGUCAGUUGAAAAAAAGGAUUGUUUUUGGACUUGGUAUUGGACUAUCUGUUGGAGUUGUUGUGUUGGCUGGAGGAUGGAUAUUCACAACGGUUGUAGCAGCAGCCGUAUUUGUUGGUGCACGUGAGUAUUUUGAAUUAGUCAGGAGUCGUGGAAUUACUGCAGGAAUGACACCUCCACCAAGAUACGUCUCACGAGUUUGCUCUGUUAUUUGUGCUCUCAUGCCCUUGCUUACCUUGUAUCGCGGUCAGAUUGAUGUUUCUGUAGCAUCUGCUGCCUUUAUUGUUGCUAUGGCAUUGCAUUUACAGAGAGGGAAUCCUCGCUUUGCACAGCUCAGUAGUACCUUGUUUGGGCUAUUUUAUUGUGGAUAUCUUCCUUGCUUUUGGGUUAAGCUUCGAUGUGGUUUAGCAGCCCCAGCCUUAAACACUGGAAUUGGGGCAUCUUGGCCCAUCGUUCUUGGUGGACAAGCUCAGUGGACUGUUGGUCUUGUUGCAACCUUGAUUUCAUUCAGCAGCAUUAUUGCAGCCGACACUUUUGCUUUUAUUGGUGGCAAGGCUUUUGGUAGGACACCGCUUACUAGUGUUAGUCCAAAGAAGACAUGGGAAGGAACAAUUGCAGGCCUAUGUGGUUGUAUUGCCACUACUGUAGUACUAUCAAAUAUUUUUUGCUGGCCAAAAUCUUUGUUAAGUGCCAUGGCUUUUGGCAUUCUGAACUUCUUUGGGUCUGUCUUUGGUGAUCUUACUGAAUCAAUGAUCAAACGUGAUGCGGGCGUAAAAGACUCUGGAUCUCUAAUACCAGGACAUGGUGGAAUACUGGAUAGAGUGGACAGUUACAUAUUCACGGGUGCACUUGCCUACUCUUUUGUCAAAACCUUCUUGCCACUCUAUGGAGUAUGAUGCGCAUAUUUGGACUCUUAAUGAGAUCAGAGAAGAAAUUAAUGGUCAUUACAAAGUGAAUUUCCUAAGGAGACGCAUGAAUUUACAUGAUCAGCUGCAAUAUUGUUGGAGAGGCAGACACUUUUGUUUGCUUGUGUCAGAGAUGGAGUUUCUUGAGAAUUUCUGUUUAAUUUAAUCUACUAAUUGCAAGCUAGAGAAGGUGCCCCUCAACCUAAUGAUCUUCAGACUGCAUUUCCUGACGGCCCGACUCACCAGGUACUGAUAUCAUUUACAUGUUCAAGAGAUCUACUUGUUUUUCUUGGUGAAUUCUUCAAACUAGCUACAUAUAGUCGAAGCAACUUUGGUUAUUGAUUGUUGAUAUCUGCAGUAAAAGCUGCUUUAAGCCAUUAUCACUAGUUCUCUCCGUGUGCUCCUUUAUACACUUAGUGUUAUCAUUUAUUUGUAUCCAUGUUUGUUAGAUGACGCCAAUCCCUGCUUGUGAUUGAUAUAAUGUGGGGAAAUAUUACUUUGAAGCGUCUACAAUCUGCUGUUGUAAUAAAUAAUAAGUAAAUGAUUCAAUGUUAAAUUAGUCACAUCAUUUUUUGGAAACCCAUAUCCUCUCUCUGGGUUUUUUCUUCAAUACAUGUACUGUGAAA